AUGCGGCCAUUGGCUCUGACCCUGGUCCUUGGACUGGCCUCGGCCGCCGUCCAAGGAAACUUUGAGCCACUCCAUGGCGGCAUUCUCCAGGAGAGAACGUUGGGCCUUGAUGAGAUCCUCGGGGAUAUUUCUUCCGGCGGGCUCGGAGGGCUAAAAGCUCAAAAGAUUGCGUUCUUGUGCAAGUUGGUGGACAAGGCCGAGAGCAUUGCCGGAUUUGUUGGUGGGUUGACGCUUGAGAGCCACUUGAAGAAGAAGCUGGAGUUUUUCCUCAAGGACAAGUGCAAGAAAACCACAGAGACUCAGCCACCACCAUCAACUUCUGUGCCGCCGCCCGAAUCCCAAACUUCUCCUCCAGAGACGUCAUCACCAAGUACACCUCCCCCAGAGACAAAGACUACUCCCCCAGAGACAGAGACUACGCCACCAGAGACAAAGACGACUCCUCCAGAGACAAAGACGAGCCCUCCUCCGGAAACAACACCGCCCAAGGAAACAUCACCUCCCCCGACACCACCCAAGGAGACCACCCCUACCCCGGGGACGACGCCUCCCAAAGAAACUUCUCCCCCGGCACCGCCUACAGAAACCACCCCUACCCCGGGAACUACGCCUCCCAAGGAAACUUCUCCCCCAGCUACAACUCCCGAGACAGAGACGAGCCCUCCUCCGGGAACAACACCGCCUGAGGAAACGUCUCCCCCAACACCACCCAAGGAGACCACCCCUACUACUACCCCGGGAACAACGCCUCCCAAGGAAACGUCUCCUCCUCCGGAAAGUACAGCUCCCAACGAGACCACCCCUGCCCCGGGAACAACGCCUCCAAAAGGCCCAGAGAGCAGCUUUACCACCAAGACAACACCCAAUAACAGCCCUCCCCCGGUCACGCUGCCGCCACCCACACCAACCGUCACAGAAUGCAUCGACGUCACCACUGCCAUUCCCCCGUGCGCCACCGGCUGCUUCUCCUCGGCUGGCUCCCAGGUUGGAUGCAAUGACCAGGAAUUUGGGUGCUUCUGCAAACCCGGCUCGCAGGAACAAUUGUCCAAGCUUGUCGGACAGUGUGUCUCGACCGCCUGUCCGCCCGAGUCUGCCACUUCCGUCAGCAUAGGCGUCAGCUCAGUGUGCUCCUGCUUCCCCAACCCGCCCUUUCCAACAAACACCGGAGUGCCUCCUACACCAUGCACUCCGGGGAGCGGCGGCGAUUGCACCCAGACCGAGCCUCGGCCCGAGCCCUCUACCCCAGGUGUCCCUCCUCCGGGUUGUACUGGCGGUGACGGCGACUGCAGUGGAAGUCCCCCCAGCCCAGGUGUCACAACGACCCCUUCGCAGGGAAUUCCGUGCCCUAUUGGGAAUGGCACCGGAGUCGACUGUACCAGACCGACUUCGCCUCCAGUCGUGACGGCUGCAGCAGACAGGUUCGGUUUCGGCCUUGCUGGGUGCGUCCUGGGAGGCGCCGCGUGGCUCGCUCUAGCUCUGUAG